CCUGUGCUGAGCUUUUAUCAGCCAUGGCAGACUGGAGUCUUCUGGGAAACUUCCUGGAGGAAGUACAGGAGCAUUCUACCUCUGUGGGCAAGGUGUGGCUGACCAUCCUGUUUAUCUUCCGCAUCCUCGUGCUCGGGACGGCUGCCGAGUCAUCCUGGGGAGACGAGCAGGAAGAUUUUAACUGCGACACAGAACAGCCAGGCUGCGAGAACGUCUGUUAUGACCGAGCGUUCCCUAUAGCACAUAUACGAUACUGGUUCGCCUCGGCACAGCACGGUUUACGUUGGUUUUUCCACUACAAAGUAGUACCUACUCAACUGCUCUGUCUCGCUCUGUCUCGCUCUGUCUCGCUCUGUCUUUCUCAGGCCUGGCCUUGUCCACACCCAGUCAACUGUUACGUCUCCAGACCGACAGAGAAGAAUGUCUUCAUCGUGUUCAUGCUGGCCGUGUCCGCCGUGUCUCUGGUCCUCAGUGUGCUCGAGCUGCAUCACCUGGCAUGGAGACACUGCUGCAGGAAGAUGCUUCUCACGAGGAAAGCCGCCACUCCUGCUGAAGCCUCUCUGGGCCGACAGCUCUCGCUGUCUCCUCCACCACCAACGACACCACUUCCAGACUUCUCCCAGUGCAUGAUUGGCUCCUCACACUUCCUGCCUCUGCCGUUCCCUGCCCACCGUCUGGCCAACCAACAAAACUCAGACAACAUGGCCACUGAGAAGAACAAAAUCGCCGCCGCAGUAGAGGAGGUUAACCUCCUGCAGAUGAGCUGCUACUCGACCGCGUGGCAGAAUGCCAGUCCAAAUCAGAUCCAAGAUGGAGGAUACCUGAGGUCUGACACUAACUGCUUCAGCCCUCACAGCCACAACAGGGGACCAGAGGGGCUGCUGCUGUGUUCCAAUGGAGGACUCUGUCAGAAGGACAAGAGGAGAUUCAGUAGAUCCAGUGGAGCAAGCAGCCGAACGAGAGCGGACGACCUCUCAGUUUAGAAAGAAGUCAAAUUCAACAUCUGCGUGUAAAAAAAAAACCCCAGACAAAUGAACAAAAACGACAUGAAUAUGAGCCUUUUACACAAGACUAUUAUACACACACAACGUGUGCAGACUACCUGUUUACCAUGAACUCUAAUUUAGUCUGUUUGCCUUUGUUUUCCUGUUUAGUCUCCACUGAGCCACUGAAAGGAGUGACCCUGUCCUCAGAUCAGAACUACUCAUCAGACUAUUACACACUGUGAGACAAAUAUUGGACAAACCACACGUUGUAAUUGUUUCCACCAACUUUCACAGGCUUUUGGGGCCUGAAGGUCCAAUGCUACAAGAAGGCCAAGCACAUUACACUGUUUAUUAUUAUUAUAAUAUGCAGUGACAUUUGCAGUGAUGUACAGCAGGACCCGUCCUGGAGGGACAGGGUGAGAACAGGAUAUCUUAAUGAGAUGUCAGCUUUAAAAAACAUCUCAUUGGUCUUUUUUGAUGGCUAAAAAUGGAGCUAUCUUUAUGUUGAUUUACUAAUCACUGCUGUGUACUGGCUGUUUUGUGAGACCUGGUGGAUUUGCAGUGGAUGAAUUCACACAGGAAACUAUCUGUGGAGGUCAUGACUGAACGUUUUUGAUCCCCAAAUCAAACAUGUUUUACCUGUGGUCUGAGCCCAAUGCACUGACUGACUGAAUACGACUGUGGUAACAAAGCAAUAACUGCUUUUUUAUACUUUUUUCUCACUGACUGUAUGUCAGAGAGUUUUGCCUAUAGGUGUUGUUUAUUUGAGUUUUAGCUACAGUGCAUAUGGAAAUGGUGUUCGAUUCAUCAAGUUUUAAGAUAAUUCCUUCCAUGUGUUGUAAACUGGAAUACUAACAGUGAGUCUAAUUUACAGUAUUAUGGUCAUUUCUCAUUAUGGCUGUGACUACAGUGAUGAUACAGUGUGAUUGACAGUCAGAUUGUCAUGCAGUGUAAUGUACUUUGGCAACUGUGUGACAAAUUCCACUUUUCUACACAUUAUAAGUUGAUUACUGUCAUCCCUGAUGAUUUCAUUUUUUUCCACCUACAUUGUACUUUUAUAUUUAUUAUUCCUUUGAAUGAUGAGAACGUGUGUUUAUAAAUUACUCUGCAGGUAAACCCAUGAACAAUGCGUUCACCUAAUGCUGAAAGAUAUUGAGUAUAACUGCCUUUACGUGUUUGUUUUUCUAAUUAAAUGUGCAGAAUUUGCUAGUAGCAGUCGAUGGAUUGCCGUGAUAUUAAAGAAAAUUUUAAUUGUG